UCGACCCUGGUGCUUGUUAAUCCAUCUAAACUGGGUAAUCUGCAGCAACUUGGACAAGGUUCAGGGAGGCGAUCCUCGAUCGUUCCUUGCCUCUCUCCACCACCACCCGGCGAUCGUCUAUAAUAAUUCUCGCUUCCUCUCCAUGGCCUCUCGCGCGUACCUUGACGUUUAUAUCGGCGACCGCGACGCACAUGCUCGCGCUGAGGCGGAGUAUUCGGCGACAGCUACCCUAUUGUCCAAGAACGCACACAUCUACGGGCUGCCUGCAACGCCGCCCGAGCUGUCGGAAGAACAGCGUGAUGUCCUGAGGGAGCUCGAUAGUUCGAUGCAAAUGCGGUUCGAGCCCCCGUCGCCCUUGUUAGCAGGUCGGCUCAUCUUUGAGCUCGAUCCUUCUCCGGGGCUCGCAAAGACAAGAGCCAACUUCAUCGCGCUGUGCACUGGGGAGAAAGGAAUGUGCAAGAAUGCGCCCAACAAGAAGCUGCACUACCUCGAUUGCCCGAUUCACCGCAUCGUCAAAGACUUCGUAGCACAAGGUGGGGAUGUCACCAGAGGGGAUGGCAGCGGUGGCGAGUCCAUAUACGGCGGCAAGUUCAACGACGAAAAGGAGGGCCUCAAGAAAAAGCUAGCUCGUGGAUCGCUCGUUAUGGCCAACUCGGGGAAGAACACGAACUCGUCACAGUUCUUCGUCGUGCUCACCGGAGACUCGACUCGAAUCACAAAGAUGCAAGGAAAAUACGUAGUUUUCGGAGUGCUCGAGGAAGGGUACGAGGUCCUAUCACGACUGGGUGAUGUUGGAAGUGCAGAUGGCAAGCCAGGUCAGGCUGUAUGGGUCGGAGGCUCCGGCGUAAUAUGCUGAAGCGAGAUGGCGGCGUGGCAACUUUACAAAA